UUGUUUAACCAACAUGUAUAACGUUGUUCGUCUCAGUAGGUAACUUAUCAAUUGCCCCUAGAUUUAUAGUUUUAAGAUGUAAUGUUGACUCUUAUUAAUGUUGUUAAUGAAGGGAAAAUGAACCCGACUGUGUCUAUUGUAUCGUGGAUGGAUUACGUGAAUGAAUUUGUGGCUGGGACAAGGGCUAUGGCUCUGAUACUUCCUAAAGAUGCCUUUGGGAACACCAUUCCUUCAACAAAUGCCGAACUGAAUUCAUUUAUCUUUGAUGUUUCUGAAUCCUUUGUAAACAGUUCUGCUGCCAAUGUUCUCAGUGUCACCAGCCUGGGUUGGAAUGAUCAUGGCUAUCUUAGGAUUGAAUUCAUUGCUUCAUCAGCUGGAGAUCUUUUGCUACAAGUACAGUGGCACAAUCAAACUUUGCGAGGAUCUCCCCUUCCCUUCAAGGUGCACCCGGGACCAAUUGAUGUUUCCAAGUGUGAGGCAAAGUGGAAAUAUGGCACAAAUAUAUCACAGUAUCAAUCUGAAGUGGAAAUAUUCAUUUACCAGCGCGAUUUGUAUGGAAAUCUUGUGCCAGGAUUUUAUCCAUUUGAUGCAGAGAUUUUUGAGAAGAGCACAAAAUUAUCAAUACCUGUACCAGAUCUCAACUUCAGCAUAUUUUCCCAGGAAAUCCAAUUACUUACAUUCAGAGCAGUGGAACCGGGAAAUUUUCUACUCACUAUAUAUGACGCAAAGCAUAAUACCAGCAUUUCCAACAUGCCAUAUGAGUUUAGUGUUUCAAUUGGCGACUGUGAUGGUUUCAAUAGCAUUGUCAAUGGAUCUGGUUUGAACAACUCAGUUGCUGGACAAGAAGCGAGAUUCUCAGUUUAUUUGAAAGAUGCUUACCAAUAUCCUUGUCCAGUUGAGAUGAAUAUGCUCCAAGUACAAAUUUCAUGUCCAGCAGAUGCAUAUAUGGUGCUGCCUACAAUUUAUCCUCUAGAGGAAUCAAAUGGAAUUAAGUCUCCGAAGCACUUGACACUUGGCGUUAUGAGUCCCAUUGAAGUUUCUCCUAGCCCAUCAAUAGACCACGGCAAUAAUUCUAUAGGUACAAAGCAAAUUGUGUCUGACACAUAUGGUGUGCUGUACACACCCGAAAGGAGUGGAUCAUAUGAAAUUCUUAUCUUGUGUGGAAAUAUUCCAUUGAAUGGCGGUGAAUUGUGGAAAAAGGAAGUGCAAGCAGGUGAGGUUAAUAUGUCAAUGUCAGGUGUAGUAAAAUAUGCACCCAAAGUACAGAAGGUGGUGCGAAAUGAAGUCGUCAUCCAGCUAAUGGAUUCAUUUUCAAACCCAGUUUUGUCCCAACAAUCUAAAUUAAAAUUGGAGAUUGGUUCAAUAAACCAUUCUGAUUUUGUAACCUGGAUGUUUUUGGACAAUAACAAUGGAUCAUAUACAGGCCAAUUUCAGGCUAAUGAUACCGGCACUUAUGAACUAUGUGCAACAUUUGAUGGCAAGAAGUUCUUACCUUGUCCUUUCGGAAUCAAUGCAUACAGCACUGAAUAUUUUCCUGAAGCUCGUGAUGAUUCAAUAUCUGUAUGGGAGGAUGAAUCAAUUUCUUUCGAUGCUCUUGAAAAUGAUUACUUUGCUGGUGAAAACGCAUCAAUUAUUGCAUUUUCUAAUCCAAAUUCUGGUUCAGUGUUGCUGAAUGGACUGCUUUUCAGAUAUACACCUUACAAAGGUUUUUAUGGAAACGAUUCUUUCUCAUACACGAUUUGCGACCUAAAUGGAAAUACUGCUUCUGCUUCAAUAAACAUUUCUGUACUCAGUGUUCCACCUCAGCUCAUGUCCUUACCUACUUCGUUGAAGGGAACUGAAGACGUCUUGUGUCCAAAAUUUGGUGGAUUUCAUGGUAUUGAGGUUGAAUAUCCUGAUGCUUUGGAGAACAUCUCGGUAACUUUAAGUGCAAACUCUGGAACAAUUUUCCUUGCCUCAAUGAUGAUGCAAUUUUGGGAACCAAUUUGGAGUGAAUUUUUUGCAAGGAGAGAUGGUGAAGAAGCUAAGGCAUUGACUUUGUCUGGCCAUGUGGAUGUAAUCAAUAUGGCUCUUCAGUCAAUUCAGUAUCUCGGGAAUGAAAACUUCUAUGGUAACGACACAAUCAAAGUCUCUGCAAGGAACAAAAACGGAGUUACUGAUUUGAAUAUCACAGUAUGUGUCGAACCUGUCAAUGAUCAUCCUUUCAUCCUCACCCCGGAAUACAUCACUAUUGAGGAGAAUGAAAAAAUUGGAUCACUUAUCUAUAAAAAGGGGAGGAAUAAAUUAGAGUUUUCAAUUGGAGACCCUGAUGUGCUGCAUUUUCCAGGGAACAAAUCCAACUUUAUGGUUAUCUUUUCUAUGGAAUUGACUUCUGGAAUUUUAGAAGCCAUCCUUCCAGUACAGCUUAUCAAUACCACAGAGCUGAAACUAAAAAAUAGUUACCAGUGGCAGCCGCUUCAGACUUUUGUUACCAUUUCAGAUCAUUUGGUGGUCAAGGCGAAAGGCUUGAGAUUUCUGGCAACAGUUGAUGACUGCAAUAACAUAGUCCAACAAUUAAAAUAUCAUGCUACAGAAUAUGCUGCUAUACUAAAAAUGGUGAUAAAUGACAUGGGAAACUAUGGAUGUUUUCCUGAUUGUGCAAAAAAUGUUUCAAAGCCUCUUCUUGCGGAGGUUAAUGUUAAUCUUAUCAAGAGAAGGCCACUGAAUUCCAAGGCAACACAUGCUCUUGGAUUUAUGAUCAUAUUGGAAUUUCUUGGGGUGCUCUCACUUGGAGGAUUAUUGCUUUUCUACACCUGCCGAUGUGCAAUUUCUCUUAUAAAUGAGCGGAGAGUUCAUGAUUCCGAGAAAGAUGCUGGACUUGCCAUUAAAACAUCUAGUGAAAUAAUGGAAAGCAAAGCAGACGUUGAGACUGCAGCUACAGGAAAUUGUCCCUGUCUACUCCUAUCCAAAGCUAGAUCAUUAAAUUUUCACCAAAGAUUAGAACAGCAAUCUUGUUUAUGUAAGAUAAAUAGGCAGCGUAAUUCUUGUGGCACUUAGCUUGCACCUUCAUUUCUUAUGUAUGAAUGUAUGAUGGUAUAUUGGAUUAAAUACUUUAUUGUCUAUACUAAUCAAUUUUGUUGAAUUAAUGGACAUGUUCAAUAUUAAACUUAAAUAUCAACAGAUAAGAUUGUGUGAUAAAAUACAAAAAUUGUGUGAUAAAAUACAAAAAUGAAUUUAAAUUAGUUACAAUUGUUGUAAAUAAAGGAGUAGUACAUAUACUAUAAAAUUAUUAAAGUGAAAUAAAAAAGAUAACCUCACAAACAAUGGAAUAAUAUCGGCGUGUCGUGAUGUAAAUCACUAACUUGAAAAUUAAUUUUUUGACACAGCCAGUGUGCUCAAUUGUAUUCGUGGGUACGUUCCUUAAGGUUAACACACCACUUCCUCACAAAGACACUUUUGGAUGGAAGGUUUGAGUCUAGUAACUUAUGCCCAAUGAAGAAUGAGUUUAGACUAUUGUGCUUGAUGUGUUUUUCAAGUGUAAAAAUCAGAAAAAAAAAAAAAAGUUUUAUUGUUAUAAAAUAAAGGGAAUAGGAGGGAAAAUGUGGAGAGAAUAGUUUAGUCUAUUGUUCCAUUGAGUAGGGAGAGUAUAUAUAGAAAUACAAUAUAAUUAGGAUUUGCUUGGAUAUCAAUAAACCCUAGAUCUAGAAUACUCCGAAAAUAUACAAAGAGGAUAAUGGAUAUCCACACAAUAUUUUCAUAACACUCCCCCUUGGAUGUCCAUUAUCGAAGACUGUGCCUCGAUAAAACCUUAAUAG